AGGAAGUGAAACAAUUUGGUGAAAAUGCAGACCUGAGGCAUCUGAUUAAAACAGGGCAGUAAAGUGUGCGUUUGGGCUGGCCUACUCUGGGAUACCGAGGAAGACAUUAACAUGUCUGUCGCAAACCCGAAACAAACGUUUUUAAAUCCGACCAUUCCGUUCGCUGGAACGAUUCUGGGCGGACUGGAGCCAGGGGAGAUGGUGCUGAUCCAGGGCAGUGUUCCCAGCGAUGCUGACAGGUUCCAGGUGGAUCUGACCUGCGGCAGCAGCACCAAGCCGCGGGCGGACGUGGCCUUCCACUUCAACCCCCGCUUCAAGAGGUCGCCCUGCAUCGUGUGCAACUCGCUGCGGCAGGAACGCUGGGGCCGGGAGGAGAUCCACCACGUCAUGCCCUUCAGACAGGGGGCGCCCUUUGAGACCAUCAUUCUGGUGCAGCAGGAUGUGUUUAAGGUGGCAGUGAAUGGGGCCCAUGUGCUGGAGUACAGACACAGACUCGACCUGGACAAGGUGGACACCCUGCUGAUCUCCGGGAAGGUCAAAAUUCAGGCCAUCGGCUUCAUCCCAAAUGCGAGCUCAGCUCCACCUCCUCCAUCUGUGGUGAUGAGCAAAGGCAAACAGCCCAAUGCCCUGUUCUCGGAGUCAGGUGACCUGACCGUGCCUUAUAAGGGCAGACUGCUGACCGGGAUAAGCACAGGAAACACCCUGACCAUCAAAGGGAAGAUUGGCCUGUACUCCCACAGCUUUUCAGUGAACCUGUGUGUUGGCGACACUGGCGACAUCGCACUGCAUCUGAACCCGCGCAUCAAGGCCGGGGUGUUCAUACGCAACUCCUUCCUGAGUGAGUGCUGGGGUCCUGAGGAGAACAGCCUGCCCAGCUUCCCUUUCUCCCCGGGGGAGUACUUCGAGAUGAUCAUUUACUGCGAGACCCACCAGUUCAAGGUGGCUGUGAACGGGAACCACCUGCUGGAAUACAAGCACCGGGUCCAGGAUCUGAGCAGAGUCAACCAGCUGGAGAUCCUGGGGGACCUGCAGCUGCUCGACGUCAAGCUGUGGUGACCCACCCCCCCACGCCCCCUGUAACCCCCCACACUCCCUCAGCAGAGCCUUCCCUCACACACCCGCACCCCUACCAUCCAUCCACACCUCUCUGUGUCCCCCGAGUUCCGGAACCUUCCCUUGGCAUGUCUCUCCCAUACCUCCUCAUCACGGUGUGUAUGUGCGUGUGUGCGUGUGUGUGUGUGUGAUGGGCUCAGGUAAAGCCUUCAUCCUCAGCUCUCCAAGCAUUAAAAGUCACGGCAGCCUGAUUUCCAACCACUAACCAAAACUGAGCUCAUAUUUUACAACCUUUUUUAGCGGGAGACUGACUGAAUGUAACAUGUAAACUAUAACCUACCCACGCUGACUAACCAUUAACAGGUCUAUUACCUCAGAUAUAUGCAGUCUGUACAUAUAUAUAGCAAACUGAAUGGCAAAUUGCUGUUGUAAAAACAGGGCUGUUAAGAUACAGUGUAUUUAUUCACACCUAUGUCAUGGUACAUACCUGCUGGACACAACAUGCAUAACUUAUGCAUAUGCGUUAUACACACAGCACAACAGUAAUUUAACAUGUCAGCUCACUUUAAAAAACUUUUAUUAAAAGGUUUUGGGAGGAGUUCAGGUGCUAUUGAGCUCAUCAGCCUCCUUACCUGUUUCUAACAUUUGACGCAUUUUAGGUUUUGUGUGUUUUCUACAUCUGGCUAUUGAAUAUGAAUGACAGGUAUGUAUGUAUGUAUGUAUACAUAUACACGCCUGCCUUGUGUGCUUUUUAACAUGGAGCUUAACUCAAGUUUGCUGAGGUAUUUGGCAAAAAAGCACAAAUUACACAUUAAUUAUAAACUAUAAAAAGGGUACCAUGGUGAUCAACAUAUAUAUGUGGCAGAGUGCAGAAUUAGACAGAGCUUUGGACCAGAGAUCAUAAGACACGGUUGUGGUCACAUGAUGAGGGUGUGGGCUUGCUGUGGUAAACUUAAGAAUAGCACUUAACCCUGUUUGUGCGAGUUGCAAUGGGCAAGAGAAAGGUGGUUAAUUCAGGGCUUCAUCCUCUUAAAUAGUGUCAGAACAAAACCGUGCAGGAGGGGCUAGUGCCCCCCCUCUUUGCUGCAUAUAAGAGGUGCACCUCUUCCACACCUCUCAUCCUCAGGCCACCGAUACAGCAGGGAAAUCUCAGCCACUGUACCUGUGUCAGGUUCCACCCUGCUGUUCCCCACUGC